AUGAAAAAACUUGCCAGCCUGCCCUGUAGCAUCGAGGACAAACUGUCGCUGUUCUUGCUACAGUACCGGACCACCCCCAACUGCACAACAGGUCAGUCUCCAGCGGAUCUAUUUCUUCACAGACACGUCCGCACCCGGCUGGAUUUCUUGAAGCCUAACACCAAAGAGACUGUUCGUAAGAAGCAAUAUCAACAAAAAGAUCAACACGACUACUCAGCUGAGAACCGCACUUUUGAAAUGGAUGAGUAUGUGUAUCUGCGCAACACAGCGGGAGGAGCUCACAAGUGGAUUCCUGGACAAGUUGUGAGACAAACUGGUCCAGUAUCUUAUCAAGUCAAGGAGAGAGACUCUGACACGGUGCACAGACGUCAUGGGGACCAACUACGUGCCAGAGCAUCACCUGAACAGACCGAUAUAGACACUGAGACUUUUGAAGCAGAAAUGCAAAAUACCGGAAAUGACACACCAGUUGAGACGACUGUGGAUUUGCCUGUGCAACCAUCAGUUCCUCCAGAACCACCAUCAGUGACUGUGAGGCGCUCUGAGCGUGUUCGCAAAAAACCAAAUAGAUACCUUGAAUAG